AUGUCAGAGAACCUGCCUCCUAUGGUCUCCAGGAGCGUAACUUUCAACAAGCAUGGCCCAGAAUCCACGGACAACAGUUCUUCAGUCACUGAAGAAAAGAAGAAGCGUGCAAAAAAAGGCAAAGUGUCCAAGACUGCUCCUGACCAGCCUGUGAACCCUUUCCACGUAUCUGGGGAUGUGGACUUCUUUUUGCUCAGGGAACAGGAGCGGAACAAGUCUCUCUUGGACCGGGAGCAGAAGAAGAAGCUGCGGGUGCACGAGAAGAUGACCUACUCGUCCAAAGUGUCCGCCAAGCACACCAGCCUGCGCCGUGAGCUGCAGCUGGAGGACGAGAUGGAGGAUCAGGAAGAGCGGGCUGAGCAGCUGCGCAGCUUCCACGAGCAGGUGGCCUGGAAGCUCGCCAUGACCCGAGAAAAGAAGCUGGAGCCCAAUGACAUCAACAGCUACGUGGACCAGAACCGGCAGAUGUUUCUCAUCCAGUACGCCCUGGACAUGAAGCGGAGUGAGAUCCAGAGGCUGGAGAGGCUGGCGGCCCAGGAGGAAGCCGAGCUGGAGCGGGCGGAGAAGUUCCUAGAGAAGGAUGCAGCCCUGUUUGACGAGUUCCUCAGGGAGAACGACCGCAGCUCUGUGCAGGCGCUGAGAACAGCUGACAAGGAGUCCAAAGCCAAGAUGGAGAAGAUCCUGGAGAUUCGUGAGCUGACCACCCAGAUCAUGAACAUCAAGAGCGAAAUCUCCAAAUUUGAGGACAUGCUGCAGCAGUACAAGGUCUACAAGGACUUCCUGUACAAGCUGUCGCCCAAGGAGUGGCUGGAGGAGCAGGAGAAGAAGCGCUUGGCUCUUAAACAGGCCAAGGAGGUGGUGGAGGCCUUCAAGGAGAGCCUGCUGCUCUCUGUGGGGGACAGAGGUAGCAGGGAGGGCCCCCCUCUGCUUCCCCCAGAGGGGCAGAGCCCCAAGAAGCCCGCCAAGCUCCUGCAGGUGAUGCGGCUGCGCCAGGCACUGUCCACCACUGUCAGCCAGCAGCAGAGCACCCUGCCCAGCGUGUCCAGCGGGGUGGAGUCCAAAAGGUCCAGCUCCACCCUCCCUGUGCAGGACGACCUCGACAGCGAUGAUGGGGAGGAGCUGGAGCUGUACUUCACGGAUCCGCAGCAGCUCCUCGACGUCUUCACGAAGCUGGAGGAGCAGAACCUGUCCCUGGUCCAGAACACCCAGGAGAUGGAGGAGGCCCUGGAGGAACUGAGCUUCACCCUGAAGAACACCCAGACCCGCAUGGACCGGGAGGUGAACCAGCUGAAGCAGUGGAUCACCACGCUGAUGAUGUCCAUCGCCAAGGAGGAGGAGACGGCCGCGGAGCUGGAGCUCAAAGCCCGCGUCUUCCAUUUUGGCGAGUUCAAGGGUGAUCAGGAGGACAAGCUGCUGGAGAGUCUGAACUGCAAGGUGCUGGAUGUCUACCGGCACUGCGUGGGUGGCCAGCAGGAGUCCAGCCUGGGCACCGUGCAGAUGCUGGCCACCAUCGAGCACCAGCUGGACGAGCUGCUUGAGAACCUGGAGCGCGUGCCCCCGGCCCGCAUUGAGCAGGCCGAGAAAGCCAAGGAGAAGGAGAGGCGCCUCCGACUCCGGGAAGAGAAGGCGAAGCUGCAGAAACAGCUGCAGGAGGAGCGACUGCUGCGCGCACAGGCACGGGCCCAGGCCGAGGUCAAGAAGAAGCGGGGCAGGAGGCUGGUGUGCCGAUCCCGGCCACCUGCCCUGAAGACCAAGGAGCAGUCCAAGCACGAGCUGAUGGACAAGGACAGGGAGGAGCAGCUGCUUUUCUUCACGUAG